AUAGUUUUCUGGCGAAUAAUUUCAUUUUUAAUAAAAGUAUCUUCUUUGAAAAUUGAAGAUUAAAGCAGCACGGCUGGCAUUUAUGAAUAAUUAUCAAUGAAGUAAAGUGGUAUUCAAAGUGGCUGUCAAUCGAGAAAAUUAUUUUGUUAAAUAAUAAGGAGAUAUAAGAAAUUCUAAGUGAUGUUUACAGUCCUUUCUGGCGUAAAUUAUAAUAUUUCUUCUUAUCGCCUUUUAAGAGUAAAUAUAUAAUAUUUCAAAUAUACUCUUUUACUAACAUUGAGGUGUAUAAAACCUGGCAAAAAGUUAUUAUGAAGGAAGAAUUAAUGCCACGAAGCAGAUCUGAUCCAGUAGUUAAAAAACUGGAUAAUCCAUUGUUUCAUUCUAUAUUUACACCAGAACUUAAUACUUUAGCACAAUUGUUUAGAAAGUAUAAUUAUCAACUAAAACUUGCUGGUGGUGCUGUCAGAGAUAUUUUAAUGGAUAUAAAACCUGCAGAUUUAGAUUUUGCAACAGAUGCUACCCCAGAGGAAAUGAAAAUUAUGUUUGAAAAAGAAAAUAUCAGAAUGAUUAAUAACAAAGGGGAAAAGCAUGGUACAAUUACUUCAAGAAUAAAUGAUAAAGAAAAUUUUGAAGUAACUACACUUAGAAUCGACACACACACUGAUGGUAGACAUGCAAAAGUCAAAUUUACAAAAGAUUGGAAAUUAGAUGCUCUUCGUAGAGAUCUGACAAUAAAUUCCAUGUUUCUUGAUUUUGAAGGAAGAAUAUAUGAUUAUUUCUUCGGUUAUGAUGAUUUACAGAAACGAAGAGUUGUUUUUGUAGGAAAUCCAACAUGUAGGAUUAAGGAAGAUUAUCUUCGAAUUUUUAGGUAUUUUCGAUUUUAUGGAAGAAUUGCAGAACAACCAGAUAUUCAUGAUGAAUCUACUAUAAUAGCAAUAAAAGAAAAUAUACAUGGAUUGGAAGGAAUAUCUGGAGAAAGAAUUUGGAAUGAAUGGUCAAAAAUCCUUUCUGGAAAUUAUGCUAAAGAACUAACUUUGAAAUUGUUAGAAUGUGGUAUCACAAGAUAUGUGGGACUUUCAGAAAAUCCAAAUAUAAAAAACUUUGAGAUCGUUUACGAUACAUCUAAAAAAAAUAAUAUUUCUUUGCAACCAAUUACUUAUCUUGCUACAAUGCUAAAAGAUGAAAAUGAAGUAUUGCAACUUCAUAAUAGAUUAAAGUUAUCUGCAUAUGAAAGAGAUUUAGCAUUAUUUUUGGUUAGAUACAAGGAAGACAAACCUUCAGUAAAUCUAAAAUUUUGGAAAAGAAUUCUUAUUCAUUGGAAAGGAAAUGUUGUUAAUGCAAGAAGUUAUAUUUGUGAAUUAUUAAACUCUAAACAAUAUUUUAGUCUUGCUAAAGAUGUAGAAAAAUUAGUAAUACCAAGAUUUCCAGUUAGUGGAGACAUGUUAAAACAAUAUGUUAGGAAGGGGAAAAUGAUGGGUAUUGUUAUUAAGGAAUUAAAAGAUAUUUGGUUGGACAAAGAUUUUCAAACAAAUGCAGAAGAACUAUUACAGGAGGUCCCACGAAUUAUUAGUGAAUUAGAGGAUAAAAAGUUAGAAAAAGAUAACAUGUUUUUAAGUAAAUAAAUUUUGAUGAAACUAUA